UAAUGGUUAGAGUUUGUCCUGCUAAACCAGCUACAGAUACUAGUUCGACAUUUUUGAAUAUCGACAGCAGGAAGAAGCAAAUAAUCGUGUAUGAUCCUUCGUCUUGCGGCUUAUCGACUCCAGCAGAAAGAAGAGUUGGAGUUUCUGCACCAAAGAUAUUUGCUUUCGAUGCCAUCUAUUCUCCAGACGAGACUCAGACAGAAGUUUGUUCCAGUUCUCUUACAGAAGUUAUUCAAGCAGUAGUUAAUGGAAACGAUGGCUGUCUCUUUGUAUACGGACACUCCAAGUUAGGUGAGUACAGAUUUUUUCAGAUAAAUAAUUAAAUAAUAUACAA